AUGCUCUCUCCAGUCCGCCUUCUCCCUCUCCUUGGGAGUCUCCUCUCUCUCGUCUCCGGGUUGCCUACCACCAGCUCGUCUGUAGUUCUCCCACCCACCGAGGAUCCCUUCUACAGUGCUCCCAAUGGCUUUGAGACCACGCUACCUGGCACUAUUUUGCGCCUGCGCACAGCUCCCGGCAAUCUGACGGCGCUGGUCAACGCCUCCGCCGCAUACAACAUUGUCUAUCGCACGACGGACAGCCAGUAUCACCCCUCAUGGGCCGUGACGACCGUCUUUGUCCCCCACAGCCCUAGCACUGGUAGCGACAACCUCACCUCGCUGCUGUCCUACCAAAUCGCCUACGACACCCAUGACCUCAACGGCAGCCCCAGCUACGCCAUGUACAGCUCGCCGCCCACGGACGUCAUCCUGGCCCUCAGCCAAGGCUGGUUCGUCAACGUGCCCGACUACGAGGGCCCCCUGGCCUCGUUCACUGCUGGAGUGCAGUCCGGCCACGCCACCCUCGACUCGAUCCGCAGCAUCUUGUACUCCUCCAGCAACCCGCGCGUCACCGUCUUCAACGGUCUUACGCCCGCCACCACGCGCACCGCGCUCUGGGGCUACUCCGGCGGGGCCUUGGCCUCGGAGUGGGCGACCGAGCUGCAAGAUCAGUACGCCCCGGAACUCACCCUCGCCGGCGCGGCCUUGGGCGGCUUGACCCCGAACAUCACCAACGUCCUGAACACCGUGACCGGCACCCUCUCCGCGGGCCUCGUCCCCGAGGCCAUCCUCGGUAUCGCCAGCCAGUACCCGGUCACCUACGACUUCCUGGUCUCGCAGCUGAACCCCACCGGCCCCUACAACCGCACCGUCUUCCUGGCGGCCAAAGGGCUGACCCUCGCCGAGGCGGAGGUCGUCUACGCCGGUCAGAACAUCUACAACUAUUUCGUGAAUGGCAGCGACACCUUCCGCGACCCCCGCGUCCAGUACGUCCUCAACCGCGACGGCUACAUGGGCUACCACGGCAUUCCCCAGCUGCCCAUCUACGCCUACAAGGCCAUCCACGAUGAGGUCAGCCCCAUCCACGACACCGAUGUGCUGCUGGCCCGCUACUGCGGGGUCGGCGCCAACAUUCUGUACGAGCGCAACACCGUCGGCGGCCACUCGGCGGAGUCGGUCAACGGCCAUGCCAGUGCUUUGACUUUUGUGGCCGCGGUGCUACAGGGUCGCUAUGCUAGUUUGUACCAGACGGAGGGUUGUACCUUCCGCAAUGUCACGGUGAAUGUGACGGACUCUGCCUUGUAA